CUGCAUCAACCCGGUAUACAGCAGCAGCAGCAGGCUGGGCUUAGGGAUCUAUUGUUCCCUGUUUUAUUACUGCCAGACCCUGUUCUCGCUCAUUAAGGAUCCAACAGAGAAAGAGAAAGAGAACGGACGAGGAGAACGCCUUUGCCUGGGAUUACUUCUUCUUGAACGAACUGGUGUGGACAAAGCAGAAGCAGAAAACACACACACUUCAGUCUAGCCCCCUACCUCGGGCCAGGCUUGUUUUUCCCCCCCUUGACUGCAUUGGGAGCUACAGUACUUGCCGUGCGGUGGCCAUGGGGCUGGCCAGCAGAGCUGUGGGGACGCUGGGGGUCUCGAGAGAGGCACAGCUCCCCUCUCUCUGGAGGAUAGCGCUGCUUUUCCUCUCCAUCUGGGAGAUGGAUGCACAAACCGCAGUGGAAACUAAACCCCUGUACAUCUGGCAAACAGGUCCGUGGGGUCGUUGCAUGGGCAGUGAGUGUGGACCCGGCGGCAGCCAGAGCAGGGCGGUAUGGUGUGCCCACUCUGAAGGCUGGACCACCCUGCACACCAACUGCGACCAGACAGAACGGCCUGACAACCAGCAGAGCUGCUUCCGAAUGUGCGACUGGCACAAAGAUCUAUACGACUGGCAGCUCGGUGCCUGGAACCAGUGUGUCCCGGUGUCGAUGCGCAGUGCUGGGGUGCAGCGCCCUGCUGUGUGUACCCGGGGAGAGGAGGGCAUCCAGACCCGUGAGGUUGGCUGUGUCCAGAAAGUGGAUGGUGAGCCGGCAGAAGACGCAAUCUGCGAAUACUUUGAGCCUAAACCACGCCUAGAGCAGGCCUGUCUUAUUCCCUGUCCACGGGACUGUGUGGUAUCUGAGUUCAGCCUGUGGACUUACUGCUCUAAAACCUGUGGAAUGGGCCUACAGAACCGGAUCCGCUUCGUUCUGGCUCCGCCACUGUUUGGUGGGGCAGCCUGCCCAAACUUGACUGAAUUUCAGACAUGCCAGCCAGGGCCCUGUGAGGGAGAGGAGAGCCUUUACAGCCUUAGGGUGGGACCAUGGGGGCCUUGCUCUGUCCCAAUGCCAAGGCAAGCCAGACAAGCGGACAAACCACCCAGAGAUAGUGACGAACUAUCCAAGGAAACUGAUAAACUUUCCAAAGAGGGUGACAAACAGUCCAGAGAGGGCAGCAAACUGUCCAGUGAGGGUGACAAACAGCACAAAGAGGGAGACAAAAGGUCCAAAGAGGGUGAUAAACUGUCCAGAGAUGGACACAAACCAUCCAGACCCAACAGAAAAUUGGGAAGGGCAAACAGGAAACCAGAUAGGCCAUCCCGACAGGCGGAUAGGCCCAAACGACAGAAAAAGGCAAAAAACAAAGAGAAGAAAGAGAAAAUGAGAGAGAAAGUCCGGGAGAGGUUAAGGGAGAGGGGUAAGGUGAAGGACCCUGAGACCAGAGAACUCAUCAAGAAGAAGAGGAACAGAAACCGUCAGAACCGGCCAGGUGGAAAGUUCUGGGACCUGCAGGUCGGCUACCAGACCAGAGAAGUGACCUGUGUGCAUAAGAGUGGAAAUGUUGAAGCGCUCAGCCUAUGCUCUCAGGAGUCGUUGCCGGUGACUUUCCAGGCCUGUGUCAUGACCAAAGACUGUGAUGUGUCUGAAUGGUCUGAAUGGUCAGCUUGCUCCAAGGAGUGCUACGACCCCAACGGGCCCAAAGGGGAGCGCACUCAGACCAGAAAAGUGAGCCAGUUCCCAAUCGAUGGAGGAGCAGAUUGUCCAGAGCUGGAGGAGAAGGAGCCCUGCAGCCCCCAGGGAGACGGAGUGCCACCCUGCAUUGUCUACAGCUGGAGGACUACAGAGUGGACAGAGUGCAGGGUGGACGUGCUGCUGAGCCAACAGGACCGCCGGCGUGCAAACCAGACAGGGUUGUGUGGAGGAGGGAUCCAGACUCGAGAGAUCUACUGUGUCCAGACCAGCAUGGAUACACCACCCAACCUCAGCUCACUCUGGAGCAAAGAAGCAUUGCGACCAAUGGACAGUGAUCUGUGUCUGGGUAUCCCCCCGAACACCACCCAGCUCUGCCAUAUCAGCUGUCCUGUUGAAUGUGAGGUGUCUUCUUGGAGUGCCUGGGGACCCUGCACCUAUGAAAACUGCCAGGACCAGGCAGCCAAAAAAGGCUUCAAACUGAGGAAGAGGAAGAUCGUCAAUGAGCCGACUGGCGGGACGGGCAACUGCCCCCACCUGGUGGAGGCGAUACCAUGUGAAGACCCCAGCUGCUACGACUGGCUGGUGGUUAAACUGGAGGAGUGCAUCCCUGAUAAUGAGAAGGAAUGUGGACCUGGAACCCAGAUCCCACAAGUGCAGUGUGUCAACAGUGAUGGUGAAUAUGUGGAGAGGCAGCUCUGCCGUGAUGCCAUCCUGCCCAUGCCAGCCAUUUGUGAGGUGCCUUGCCCAAAGGACUGUGCUCUGAGCCCCUGGACCCCCUGGUCUCUGUGUUCCCACACCUGCUCUGGAAAAAACACGGAGGGCAAGCAGACCAGAGCUCGCUCCAUCCUUGCCUAUAACGCAGGAGAAGGUGGAAUCCAAUGCCCCAACAACAGUGCUCUGCAGGAGGGGAAGAACUGCAACGACCACCCCUGCACUGUGUACCACUGGCAGACUGGCCCGUGGGGGCAGUGCAUAGAAGACUCCUCCAAUCUAGCCACCAACACAUCUGCAGGCCGAACACGCGGCGACGAUGCCUCCUGCUCAGUGGGGAUGCAGACCCGCAAGGUCAUCUGUGUCCGGGUGAAUGUGGGCCAGGUUCCUCCGAAAAAGUGUCCGGAGAGUCUGCGCCCAGACACCGUCAGGCCCUGCCUGCUGCCGUGCAAGAGAGACUGUAUCAUCACCCCGUACAGUGACUGGAGCCCCUGCCCAUCAACAUGUCAAGCAGGUGGUAACACCAAGAAGAAGCAGUACAGGAAACGUAUUAUGAUCCAGAUACCAGCCAAUGGGGGACAGGACUGUCCUGAAGUUCUGACCCAGGAGAGAGAGUGUGAUGCUCCAUCUGUCUGUCGAGGAUACAGAUGGAAAACCCAUAAGUGGCGAAGAUGCCAGCUGGUUCCAUGGUCAGUACGUCAGGACAGUCCUGGAGCUCAGGAGACCUGUGGGCCCGGACUGCAGGUUCGGGCUGUUUCGUGCCGGAAGCAGGACGGUGGGCAGGCAGACGUUGAAGCUUGUCUUAAGUUUGCCAGCUCCAUGCCGCCUCUCACACACCCCUGCCAGCUGCCCUGCCAGGAAGACUGUCAACUCAGCAGCUGGUCCAAGUUCUCCUCCUGCACAGCCGAUUGCGUGGGUGUCAGGACCCGCAAGAGGAUGCUGGUCGGGAAGAGCAAAAAGCAUGACCAGUGUAAAAACAACCAGAUGUACCCCCAGAGCGAGACCCAGUACUGCCCAUGUAACAAAUACAACGCCCAGCCUGUGGGCAACUGGUCAGACUGUGUCCUACCUGAAGGGGGCCGCAUGGAAGGUCAACUGGGCAUGAAAGUCCAAGGUGACAUCAAGGAGUGUGGCCAAGGAUAUCGUUACCAGGCCAUGGUGUGCUACGACCAGGACAACCGCAUAGUGGAGACCUCUCGCUGCAACAGCCACGGGUACAUCGAGGAGGCUUGCAUCAUCCCAUGUCCAUCUGACUGCAAACUGAGCGAGUGGUCAAACUGGUCACGCUGCAGCAAGUCCUGCGGCAGUGGGGUCAAAGUUCGCUCAAAGUGGCUCAGAGAAAAGCCCUACAAUGGUGGAAGACCGUGCCCUAAACUGGACCAUGUCAACCAGGCUCAGGUGUAUGAAGUGGUGCCGUGCCUUAGUGACUGUGGGCAGUAUGUCUGGGUGGCAGAGCCCUGGAGUGUGUGGAAGGUCAGCAAUGUUGACCUGAAGGACAACUGUGGUGAAGGUGUUCAGACCAGGAAAGUCAGAUGUAUGCUGAACACUAUAGAUGGGCCCUCUGAGCAGGCGGAGGACUACCUGUGUGAUCCAGAGGAGAUGCCUCUGGGGGCCCGCAACAGCCGGUUGCCCUGCCCAGAGGACUGUGUGUUGUCAGACUGGGAAGCCUGGAAACCAUGUCCACUGCCAUGCAGUGGGAACAGUUCUCGAGAGAGGAGCGCUUACCCGCUCCGACAGCCUGGAGAGGAGAAGGAGUGUCCUCCGACUCAAGAGACAGAGCUCUGCAAACUCAACAGCAACUGCUUCCACUACUCCUACAACAUCACUGAUUGGAGUACCUGCCAGCUCAGUGAGAGAGCAGUGUGUGGAAACGGCAUCAAAACCCGCAUGCUGGACUGUGUGCGCAGCGACGGCAAAUCUGUAGACCUCAAGUUCUGUAAAGAGCUGGGCCUGGAGAGGAAAUGGCAGAUGAACUCUUCCUGUAUUGUGGAAUGUCCCGUCAACUGCCAGCUUUCCGAAUGGUCACCAUGGUCUGAGUGCACCCAUGCCUGUGGGCUGGCAGGCAAGCUGUGGAGGAGGCGGACAGUGAUCCAGGCUCCCCAGGGUGACGGCAGGCCUUGUGCGUCCCAGAUGGAGCAGUGGAAGCCCUGUCUGGUGAAGCCCUGUUACAGCUGGAGAUACAGCUUCUGGUCCGAAUGCAAGUCUGAGGGGGCGAGGUGUGGAGAAGGACUGCGCUUCAGGAACGUGUCGUGCUUUGUGUCGGACGGUUCAGGUCAGCAGGAGAGCAGCCUGGUGGAUGAUGAGCUGUGUGGAGAUCUGGAGCCCUCGGUGGACGGAGAUGCCCACAUUGUCCUGCAGGAGCCCUGCACUGUACCCUGUCCAGGAGAGUGCUACCUGACGGACUGGACUGUUUGGAGCCCGUGCCAGCUAAGCUGCGUGAGCGGGGAUGACCUGGGUUUCGGCUCAGUCCAGGUCCGAUCUCGAGCCGUGGUGGCCCAGGAUCCAGAGAACCUGCUGCAUUGUCCAGAACAGGAGCUGGAGGCUCGGCCGUGUACAGAGGGUCAGUGUUUUGAAUACAAGUGGAAGACUGGACCAUGGAGGGGUUCAUCUCGCCAAGUCUGGUGUCAGCGCUCAGAUGGACUAAAUGUCACAGCAGGUGGAUGCCCAGUGACAGCUAAGCCGAUGGCUGACCGAUCCUGUGACCCCCCCUGCACCAAGCCUCGCUCCCUGUGCACAGAGACAGGAGUGUGUGGCUGUGAGGAUGGCUACACUGAGGUGAUGACGUCUGACGACCUGCUGGACCAGUGUACAGUCAUCCCAGUGCUGGAGAUCCCCACUGCAGGUGACAACAAGGCCGACGUCAAGACCAUCCGAGGCUUCAACCCCACUCAGCCUGCAGCCAGCUCACCGGGCAGGGCUGGACGCACCUGGUUCCUGCAGCCCUUCGGCCCAGAUGGGAAGCUGAAGACCUGGGUGUAUGGAGUAGCAGCAGGAGCGUUUGUUCUGCUCGUCUUCAUAAUCUCCAUGACAUACUUAGCAUGCAAAAAGCCAAAGAAGCCACAGCGACGGCAGAUGAACAACAGACUGAAGCCGCUGACUCUGGCCUACGACGGAGACGCCGACAUGUAGAAGUCUUCCUGCCGACCACAGUGACCAACAGACAUUCGUCCUACUGCAGGACGCACAGGGCUGCUAUGGAAAGCCUUGAUGUCAGGGCUGCCGCUGGGCGUUGUUCAUCCUUCACCCUGGGAAGAUGAUUCUGACAGAAAGAGAAACCUCAAAGUUCAAGAACCAGAAUCCAUGUCCAUUAGCAAGCCUUGAUGUUGCCGUCCUCUUUUUUUCUAAUUUCCAUUUUGAUACUUUGUUUCACAAGAGCCUUCAUGAAUUUUUUAUCUUCUUCUGAAAGUUUGCCUUUGCUUCUCUGCCAUCCACUACUGCCGGUAACAUCCAAACCACGCUCAUCGGAGAGGGUCGCCCCAAAACAAAGAUUUUGCUCUGAAAGCACAAAUCUCCAUCUGUCCUUUUGUUGAUUUUGUCACAGCUGAGUGGAAUCAUCUCCCAUCAAACAUUCAGACGCGUCUGUGUUCCUGUGGCCUGGGUCCAUCUCGCAAGGAAAGCAAACUGGAGAACAAAAGUGUAGUGGUUCCCAGAGCCAUCAUCUCUUCUGCCUGCCUCUCCCUUCUCCGUUUUCAGGCAUCAUUUUGCACUAUAUUAGUGCUGCAUGAUAUCUACUUAUGUCUAGCUUCGCCAUAGGAAACUGCCUCUCUCAAUACAAGAUGGCGUACAGUCUUGUGCUAGAAAUGUAAAAAAGUAGACUUUUUUUGCAAACAGAACUCCCAUGUUUGUUAAUAUUUUUCUUCUAUUACCUCUUAUGUGUGAUACGAUGGGACUCAAUGUAAAUAGGAUUUUUUUGGUGGUCUCAAUUUGACCUUUCUAGUAUGUACAGCUACAUUACAAACUCUGCCUGACGAUUGUUUGACUGUGGCUUAAGAUCAUGAUCUUUUACUUUUGUAAAUUCUUGAUGAUUGACAUUUCUGUCAUCAACUCAGACUGCAGAAGACACAUAGAAACCCCUUCCACCAUAAAACCCAUGGUUUUCCAAACCAACUAGUUGAUACGAUCGAUCGCUGGACCACGUUUAAACCUGCCCACUCCUCCUGGCUACAGUCUCCUCCUGGCUGCAUCUCUCUGCCUCAAUCUAUUUCCACGUUCUCUCUGUCUUGUGUGUGUGUGUGUGUGUGUGUGUGUGUGUGUGUGUGUUUGUAGUUUAGACCUGAUAAUUGGGGAUGACAACACAUACUUUCUAAGGGUGUUUUUUUCCGCAUAUAGUCUUUUUUAAACAAACCAAACUGUCUUUUGAAAGUGGACCAAAGAGAGGACCAACAAAGAAGGGACUCAGUUCUUUUUGCAUUCAAAUUGUCCGUUCGUUCUCUUUCUGGUCCACUUUACUCCUCUGGAGCUCAGACCUCACUGUUGACGUCCUUUUUUCGUUUUGUUUUUGACUUUGACGUGCGGUUCUAAUGAAAUGAAUUCAUUAAGCCCAUCCACGGCUCUGUGGUGUAUUGGCCAAUGGAAAAUUCAUCUCUUUCAGUGAACACUUGAAUGCUUCGGGCUACCGCACAAUCGCUUCAGGGUGUCCCCUCUUUGUGCAAUCAAUGCAAUUGUAUCCGUGUUUUAUCAUCACUUACUUGGUAAAUAUUUGUCAAACACUGAAGACGACUCUCCUCUCUAUACUCCUCAGGACACGACCGCUCAGCUAAGCACACACACACACACACACACACACACACACACACACACACACACACACACACACACACA